AGGUGCUCUCAAGAUGGCGGCAAUGAGGGGCUGCAUGUGCGUUUUUCUUUCCUUGAUAAACUGGAAGCUUUGUUUAGGAUUAUUCGAAGAUCAAGUUGGUCUCUUUGACUGGCGUCAAAGCUAUUUGGGCAAAGUGAAAUUUUCAUACUUUGAUGUUUCUACGCAGAGCAGUAAGCGAUUGUUUGUGGGCACGGAAUCUAAUGUUGUAGCAGCCUUAAAUUCAAGAACUGGUUCCAUUAUUUGGCGUCAGGUCUUGGAGGAAAGUGAAGGAGCUUUAGAUACGUUGCUUUAUCGGGAAAAUUUGCUUGUGAGUUCUUCAAGUAACGGAAAAUAUUUGCGAUCGUGGGACACCAGCAACGGAGCACUUUUGUGGGAAUCGCUUGCUAGAUCAGCAUCUUCGGUCAAAGAAGUAACUUCACCCUUUCAUGGAUGGAGCGGUCUAAGAACAGCUUUGGUAGAAGAUAAAGAGAACGACUUGGUUAUUUCACUGGCUUUCAAUGUGGUGAAAGCAUUCUCACUCCAAGAUGGCUCAGUAAAAUGGUCACAUGAUAGUAGCGGACAAACAGCUGACUAUUUCAAUUUUCAGCAUUCCAGUGGGCAUCUGUAUCUCAUAGGGAUUCAAAAUGAUGUGGAUAUUGUAAUUAAAAAGUUAAGUGUCGAAACUGGUGAGGUGAAAGGAGAAAGACGAAUUGGAGCACCAUGGAUCGGCAAUGGUGCUAGCUGUACUUUUGUUAAGAGUUUGAAUUUGGUUUGUGCAGAAAUAUUUAGCCACAGUAUUCAUCUGAUUUCUGUUAGUGAUGAGUCUGCAACUGUGAAAACCUUAUCGUUAACUUCAUUAGGACUAGGAGUUGAAGAUCUGUCUGUUAGUAAACCCAGUUUACAUUCAUUUGGUUCAUUUUCAAACUCUUGGGAUGAACGAUCAGAAUUUCUUUUAAAGCUUUCAAAAACUCAACAACUUGUGUUAAAGUUAAAUAGUGAUAGAAGUCUGAAACUGUUGGCCAAAUUUACUGAACCCUCCCUGCUUAGUGCAGCAGAACUUGGCAAUAAAGCUAUUUUGGCAUCAGUAACACCCAUCACAGAAGAAUCAUCAGAGAUUAAAUGCUAUGAUCUAGAUGACUGGAGACUGUUACAAGACAUGUCACAAAAAGUAGCAAUGGUUGACCGUGGUGAAGCAGCAGAUGCACUGUUGUACUUGUUCAAUAAAAAAGAGAAUGAACUCGGUUACAGAGUUCUCCUUACCACCACAGACCAUGCAGUAUUACUGAUACAGUUUCCUGGACGUAUCAUGUGGUCUCGAGAAGAAGCUCUUGCAGAUAUCACAGCUGUAGAGGUGGUUGAGCUACCAUUUUCACCCUCACAAGCAAAUUUUGAGACACUUCAGGAGGAGUUUGGGGUGCAUCCAAAUGACGACAUUUUGUCCAUGUUUAUCCGCCGAAUCCGUGCCCAAGUUAAACAGUUCCAAGUUCUUGUAAAGCAAUUCCAAGCCUUUGUCAAAGCGCAACAAGAACAUGGCUUCUUUGCUGAGUCAACAGACAAUGAAGAAGAGCAACUGACAAGAGACCAGUUCAACCUGCGCAAAUUGAUAAUAAUUGUAACAUCUUCAGGAAAAAUCUUUGGUCUUAAUUCUGCAGAUGGAAGCAUCAUCUGGAAAUACUUUUUGCCUGCUCUUGCCCCUUUUUCUCAAAAUGAAAAGAAGUACUCUUUACUCUACACACAGCGAACUGUUGCUCACUUUCCUUUGACUGCGCAGUGCAUAGUGCUUGGCAAAUCACGCACAUCUGAAGGAUCACUGAUACAUGUUUUCAACCCAAUUACUGGGAAACCAACUAGUCCUGGACAUCUCAAAGGAAACCAGCUUCCCUACAGGGUGGUACAGUCCAUGCUCCUUCCACAUACCGAUGCUAAACAUACCAAAAUUCUGCUUCUUCUUGACUCUUCUCUGAAUGUCCAUGUGUUUCCACGCACCACAGAUGCAAUUGAGAUUGUGUCUAAAGCAUCCUCAUCAAUCUUCUUCUUCUUGGCUGAUAAAGAGAAGAAUAAUUUGAAAGGAUACAUGCUCCUGUCAGAUACACAGAAAAAUGUCUUUCAUGUGAGAGACAUGUGGAAUGUUAACUUUCCUCAUUCACAGCAGAUCAUUUCUAAUAUUGCAUCAAAGAGUCCUCUGGAACAUGUUCAUUCACAAGGAAAAGUUCUUGGGGACAGAAGGGUGCUUUACAAGUACUUGAAUCCAAAUCUGAUUGCUGUUGGCACUGAAGUUACUCCGCAAUCUAAGCCAGGCAUUUCUAUUUACCUUAUUGAUGCUGUCACAGGACUGAUUAUAUUCCAUACGCGUCACAAGAGUGCCAAGGGUCCUAUCCAUAUGGUGCAUUCUGAAAACUGGUUGGUCUACUGUUUAUACAAUACCAAAUCCCGCAGAUAUGAGCUGACUGUGUUGGAGAUGUAUGAUGGAUACACAGAGAGAAACAGCACUGCUCUGUCGUCAUUCGAGCCUCCCCCCAUGCCAAUUAUACUCCAGCAGUCAUACAUAUUUCCAACAACAGUACGCACUGCCACUGUCACCAUAACAGAGCGAGGAAUCACUCAUAAAACUCUCCUGUUCGGGUUACAAACUGGAUACAUCUGGAGCCUACCCAAGAACUUUUUGGACCCGCGGAGAAAAUUUUUACCCACCCAACAGGACCGUGAAGAAGGAUUACAUCCUUAUAUUCCAGAGCUGGCUGCGAAUCCAUUGGCUUUCAUUAACUACAACCAAACUGUUGCCAGUAUCAACGGUGUGUACACGGCCGGGUCGGGCCUUGAAUCUACUUGUCUGGUGUUUGCAUAUGGACUGGACCUUUACUGGACCAGAAUUACACCAUCCCGGAUGUUUGACGUCCUCAAGGAAGAUUUUGACUACUGGUUCAUUCUUGGAACGCUGGGAAUUUUGGUUCUUGUCACCAUUGUGUCUCAGAGACUUGCUUCGAUUAAAAUGCUGCGACAAGCGUGGCAAUGACGGGAGAACUGAUUAGUAAGAUUAUUAACAAUUCUAGAGGAUUUUCUCAGUAACACUAGUAUGAGUUUUCGCUGGCCAGAGCGGAAGGAAUUUGAUAAACGGGAAUGUAGCAGUUGAGUGUAUAUUAAUAGCUUUUUCAUUCCCAAUCUGUGGUCGGACCAACACAGCGGUCAAACGUCGAGCAUGCAUAAGGUGAUCAAUUUUGGGCGCCCGCGCGCCAAGUACACGCAAAAUUUCAAAGAAAAACAGAAGAAAUAAGGUUGAUUCAGUUAUGGGCAUCCUGUUGAUUGGUCAUUUUGCUUUUAGCUUUAUCAGAAAAAGUGAUCAGUUUCAUCAAAAUACUGAGAUUUUCUGUCUUUUGUGUAAGUUAAAAAACACUUGUAUGACAACUUGGUUCUGAUAGCCUCAAAGUAUACGGCCUCGCCACCUGCUAUUAUAACGUUCACACAUGCGCAGAUGUGAGACCAUUGUGUUGGGCAGGCUACACUAUAAAAGCAUGGAAAAACUGAUUACUAAUACUAUCGAAUCUCUCGUAGGCAGACAAAGGCAUAACCUUCGGCGCCAGAAUCAAAACUUUACCUUAAUCCCUCUAUACCCUACACUUGUCUUUCUCCAUACAUUUCUUAUUGUACCGGCAAGGAGGAUUUGUUUGGUAGUUGAGGGCUUUUUCAUUUGGUGACCACUUUCUUACUCUCAGGUCCUCGCUGUUUCAUUCAGUAGGAUAUUCGGUUUGGAGAAUCUCGAUGAUAGUCACUAUUAGGAUAUAGGAGAUUAAAAGUGUUAUCUCCCUACAGGAGACAAACGGUAACGAAGGUUCGAAGGUGAAAAAAAAAACCAUUCAACAGUUUCAUUGUCCAGAGUGUAAUUUCGUGUAAUUGGACUUUAAGAACCUUCUUAAAGGCUCGUAACUAAGAUUUUUAUUCUUGCACAUGUAAAGCUUGUUAAUUUCGUCCGGGAUGUUUUGUGCACUUUUUCACCAUUAAUUUUUACUUAAGCUCAUAUACUGAAAUUUUGCCAACGCCAAAAUAUUUCAAUGCGAUCUAGGCAAGAUUAUUUCGUGCAAAGUCGAACAAUAAGCUUAAGACUCAAACUGGACAAAUUUUACGUCAUCAAGACAGAUUAAUCGUUGUUAAUAAAAUUUCAAGUGCCAUCCAAGA